CUUUGGCGAGUCUCUUCAUGUUUGGCGCAUCUUAUCAAGCCACCGCCUUGCAACAACCUUCGCCGACUUUUCUUCAACCUUCCGCCACUCUCGUCGUCAUGGACUGACAUUCAUGACACAUGGAAACCACCCUUUUCCGCUUGUCUUCCCUUUUUCUCCCCGGGGAUCGGAAUCCCGAGAUACGUAGCACUAUUCUCUACGCCUUUGCCAGUCACCAUGGGGAAGACCAAAAAGGAUGCCAAGCCGUAAUUGCUGCAGUUUUAGUUUACCCGGCUGCUGAUGAUGGAGCCUUUGUCAUGUUGACUAUUUUUUUUCUCUUUUAUUUUGCCAUAACAACUAUGACUACGACAAAUUCCGCCCGGACUUUGUAAGUAUCCGGCUAACACUUGGACCGGGGCACCUUGGCCCAUGAUCCCCAAACUUUGCAGCCAAGUGGGGACGCUCCUCGUCUGCGAUUUGUUAGCGGGAGACAAGCUCCCCUCCCCAUCGCCACCUCAAGGAGUUACUUUGUCUCCCUGCACCUUCAUGUGUGUACGUUAGCAGACUUCUAUUAUAUAGAAGGAGAAGGUCAAUCAAUGCCCGUUCUGUGUCAUGUUCCCAUUACUAUCCAUCUGCAAUAUUUGAAUAACAUUCUCGACAGUGUCACGCCCUGAAGCUGUGUACUCUGCUGCAAGAUGGGCCAGCAAACACUAGAACAACAACAGCAACAACAACCACACCAUCAGCAACCCCAACAACAUCCAGAAUCGUCCGAGUGUGAGAGCCCUUCUCAGGCACAGCAGGAUGUCCAAGUUGACGCCACCACUGAGUUCGAUCUCGACCGCGUUGGUCGUCAACGACCCGCUGUCUUUUCGAGCACCUUGGAAGAGGUCAUGUUCUGCGGCUCCAUCCUCAUUUCUAUGCUCAUGAGUGAAUACUUUGUCUCUGGCUUCAAUAUCAUUUUGCCUGGUCUCGCCGGGGCGCUAGAUAUUCCCAAAAAUUCCCAAACAUGGCCGUCCAGCGUCUUCUCCCUUGUUACCGGCUCUUUUCUCCUGCCAUUCGGCCGUCUUGCCGACAUAUAUGGAGCCUAUUUCAUCUUCACCGGCGGCCUGGUUUGGAUGUGCAUCUGGUGCUUGAUUGGUGGCUUUAGUCAGAACUAUCAGAUGCUCAUCGUCACCAGAGCUCUUGCCGGUCUAGGCCCCGCUGCUUUCCUGCCUACUGGUUUGAUGCUGCUGGGGAAGACCUAUCGUCCUGGCCCGAGGAAGAAUCUCGUUUUUAGUCUCUAUAGUGCAUUCGCUCCGCUCGGUUUUUUCAUCGGAAUUAUCCUGGGUGGGGUCACUGGCGAGUAUCUUUCGUGGCGUUGGUGGUUCUUUAUUGGAACCAUCAUCCUGUUUGUGACAAGCCUGAUGGCUUAUCUCACCAUCCCCAAUGAUAGACACCAAGCUGUUGCUACCCGCGGAGGAGCCAAGAUGGACUACUUCGGUUUGUUCACCAUCGUUCCGGCUAUCAUUCUCAUCACCUUUGCCAUUACCACCGGUGGCUCGGCUCCAAAUGGUUGGCGCACCCCUUAUAUUCCCGUAACGUUCGUUAUCGGAAUGCUUUUCCUCUGCGCCGCUAUAUAUCUCGAGGGUUGGGUCGCUGAGCAGCCUCUGCUGCCAAAAGAUCUGUUUGCCGCAAAGUAUAUGAAGAGGUUCACGCUUGCUCUCUUCUUCGCCUACGGAGUGUUCGGCAUUUUCUUGUUUUAUGCCAGUGUACACAUCGAGGCAUUCAUGGGUGCCUCCACCCUCCAAACGGCGACCUGGUUCGCUCCUAUGGCUGGCGGUGGUAUCGUCCUAGCCACCAUCGGCGGCUUCACUCUUCAUAAGCUUCCCGGUAGAGUGCUACUUAUGAUAUCCGGAGGCGGUUGUCUUGCCAGCGUUCUUCUCUUUGCUCUCAUCCCCGACCAUGCCAAUUAUUGGGCCUUUGUGUUCCCCGCCAUGCUUGGAGCCACCAUUGGUGUUGAUAUUACAUACCUGGUGUCCAACGUCUUCAUCACUACCAAUGUACCUGCGCACAUGCAAGGUACUGCUGGCGCUCUCAUCAACAGUCUUGUCUUCAUUGGUAUCAGCUUCUUCCUCGGUAUCGCCGAUCUGGCUGUUGCUGAAAGUGAGGACGCGUUUGACGGCGAGAACCACAGGGUGGCCUUCUGGUUUGCAGUAGCCUGUGCCGCUUGCUCUCUGCUUCUUUUCUGCCUUAUCGAUCCCGGCAAAGCCGAAAGCGAACUUACCUUGGAGGAACGGAUGGAAGCUGGACUUGGGCCUAAGAAGGAAACGUCUGCGUCUGGUUCGGAGUCGCCAAACCCUGAACAGGAGUCCGAAUAAAGAAUGAUCUUUCGUUUGCAUAGCUUCGGAGUUCAUGCUUGGUUUCAUAUGUAUAGAACAUCGGUCGACUUAUAGAAUUUGUCUUGAGCAUAUCAUCAAGCAGAGGACACUAUGCUUCAUAUGUAAUAUCAUCUGCUAUAUAUUCAUCAUUCUCGCCCCCUAAAUACUCAAAGCUCGUCCUUGAA